AUGAUUUCACAAAAUAUAAUUAAAAUUAUUCAAAAAUCCAAUAAACGUUAUUUUUCAUCAUCAAAUGAAUUAAAAAAAACAGCAUUAAAUGAAUUACAUAAAGAAUUAGGAGCAAAAAUGGUACCAUUUUGUGGAUGGGAAAUGCCGGUUCAAUAUCCAGCAGGUGUUAUGAAAGAACAUUUACAUGUUAGAAAAGAGAGUGGAUUAUUUGAUGUUUCUCAUAUGGGACAAUUAAGAAUUCAUGGUAAAGAUCGUGUUAAAUUCUUUGAGUCAAUUGUAGUAGCAGAUUUACAAGCAUUACCAACUGGACAUUCAAAAUUAUCAGUAUUCACCAAUGAGAAAGGUGGUAUCAUCGAUGACACAAUGAUUACCAAUGCUGGUGAUUCAUUGUAUGUAGUUGUCAAUGCAGGUUGUGCAGAUAAAGAUAUUUCACAUAUUAAUGAAAAGAUUAAAGAAUUCAAAUCUGUCAAUCCAACACACGAUGUAAGUAUGCAAUUAUUGGAAGAUCUCUCAUUGAUCGCUAUCCAAGGUCCAACCACUGAAUCAAUAUUACAAAAAUUCGUAAAAGAUCAAGAUAUUACCAAUAUGGAAUUUAUGACACAACGUCCAAUGACAAUCGCAGGUAUCGAUUGCAUAGUGACACGUUGUGGUUACACAGGUGAAGAUGGUUUUGAAAUUUCCGUACCAUCAAAACAAGCCGUACGAUUGGCUGAAUUGUUUUUAGCAACUAGUAAUGCCUCAAUUGAAAGUGGUAUUAAACCAGCUGGUUUAGGUGCUAGAGAUUCACUUCGUUUAGAAGCUGGUCUCUGUUUGUAUGGUCAUGAUUUAAAUGAUGAUAUCACUCCAAUCGAAGCAUCACUCAAUUGGUUAAUUAGUAAACGUCGUAGAGAAGAAGGUGGUUUCCCAGGUGCUUCAAUCAUUCAAAAACAAUUACAAAAGGAUGGUUGUCCACAAAAACGUGUUGGUGUCAUCAUCAAUGGUGCUCCUGCUCGUGAAGGUUGUUUAAUCCUCGACCCUUCAACAAACCAAGAAAUCGGUAAAGUCACAAGUGGCACUAUCUCCCCAAUCACCCGUCAAUCAAUCUCAAUGGCAUACGUUAAAACUCCUUUCUCUAAAAUCGGUACUCAAGUCAAUGUUUCAAUUCGUGGUAAACCAAUUACUGCCACAAUUUCAAAAAUGCCGUUUGUCCCAACAAAUUAUAAAAAAUUAUAA